CCCACGCCACCAGCCGCGGGUCUCCGUGCGGGUCGCUACGGCCUCGACGCACCUCACCGGUCACCGCGUUGUCUCGAGCUCGUUGCUCCUGCGGAUCCGGUGAUGGAUCCCCCCCGCCCCCCAGCGGCCGAGGAUCCCGGUCGCGGAGGCCUUCCGCCGCCGUUGCUUACCAUGUUGGGAUUCGCCUUCCUCACCUUCAACUCGGCCAUGGCCGUCUAUCGUUCCCAAGGCGACCCCCAGUCCGUCGCCCUUGUGACCUUCUCGUACGUGGACCUCGUCCUGCUCUUCUUCUGCCUGCGAUCGUAUGAGCGAGAGCCAGCGGGUUAUGGGUCGAGAAGGAAGUGGCGGGUCAAGGCCGCUGUCUGGGUGUUGACCACGCUGCUCACCCUUGCCUUCUCCUACAAGGUGGCCGAAGUCAUGCCGCCGGUCGUGGCGGUGCUCGUCUGGGCGAUGGCUGCCGCUACUGUAGUAGGUGGGUUCUAUGCCUUCUUCGUGCACGAGAGCAAGCCCAGUACUACUUCUGAGCCGCAGAAUACUGCCGAUUCGGCGGUGUAGGGAAUAUUGGGUUCGACUUUUUUUUUUGGAAAGUCGUUUGCAGAAUGUUUUAGUCGCAAUGUUUUACCGUGUAAAGCAGCCCUGUGAGCUGUGAAUUCCGUAUGUGCUAUACCAUAAAGUUCCAUCUCUUGCUA